GAGAUGAAGGGCUACAGAAGAAAAGAAGAAAAAGAGAGAGGAAGAAGUUGAAAAGGAAAAGAGCUUCUCAAAAAGAAAGCAACCGAGCAGGCAGGCAGCAGGAGGGCUCCCCUUCCCUUUUCUUUCCCCCUUCCCAAUUCAACAACACAGGCAGGAUUCACUCACCAGCUGCUGGUGGUUUCUUUUCUUUUCUAGUGCCCCCCAUCCAUUUCCAUUGCUCUGAUCCAAGCCUUUCGCUCAAAGCUUCCAGCUUUUGCCGAUUGUUUGGUCACUUCAAGAAUCCGGAAUAUGUUCUUGCUGCUGCUGCUGCUGCUCUUGGGGCUCUGAUCCAGGCCCUUCUCUUUCUUUCUCCGGCAUUUUGCUGCGGCUGGGUUUUCUCCGAGGAAAGAAUUUUUCCUGUUAUUGUGGGAUCCAAAUUUUGAGGCAAGUUCGUCGCCGUCUCUUGAAUUUGGCGAGGCAAGAAUUUGCGAAGCCGGCCGGCCAUGGCGGUCCCUUGAAUUCGGCAUGAUUUCUCGGGUUCUUGAAGGCAAGAUGCCUCUUUGACCCGCCGUUUCCGGGAUAAUUCUGCGCAAUUUCGCCAAAUUUGCUGAGCUCCAGCGCGCCCCUCUUCUUGAUCCGCUCCAUGGGUCUCUGCCAUGGGAAACCCGCGCAAAUCCCGGAGGCCGACGCGGAGGAGGAGCCUCGCGUAGCCUCCGGCGCCGGCGACGCCGCCGGCGGUGUCGCCGCUUCGCCGGCGCCGGCGGCGAAGCCGGGCACGCCGAAGCAGCCCAAGUUCCCGUUCUACCUGCCGAGCCCGCUCCCGGCGUCGAGCUACAAGGGCUCGCCGGCCAACUCGAGCGUGGCGUCCACGCCGGCGCGCGGCGGGUUCAAGCGGCCGUUCCCGCCGCCGUCGCCGGCCAAGCACAUCCGCGCGCUCCUGGCGCGGCGGCACGGCUCGGUCAAGCCCAACGAGGCGUCCAUCCCCGAGGGCGGCGAGCCGGAGCUGGGCCUCGACAAGAGCUUCGGCUUCUCCAAGCACUUCUUCGCCAAGUACGACCUCGGCGAGGAGGUCGGCCGCGGGCACUUCGGAUACACCUGCGCCGCCAAGGCCAAGAAGGGCGAGCACAAGGGCCAGGACGUCGCCGUCAAGGUCAUCCCCAAGGCAAAGAUGACAACAGCGAUAGCCAUCGAGGAUGUCCGAAGAGAAGUGAGGAUACUGAGCUCUCUGACAGGCCACAGCAACCUAGUGCAGUUUUAUGACGCUUUUGAAGAUGAGGAUAAUGUGUACAUAGUCAUGGAAUUGUGUAAAGGAGGUGAACUACUUGAUAAGAUAUUGGCGAGAGGUGGGAAGUAUUCUGAAGAAGAUGCGAAGGUUGUUAUGCUGCAAAUUUUGAGUGUUGUAUCGUUUUGCCAUCUUCAAGGUGUUGUCCAUCGGGAUCUGAAACCCGAGAAUUUCCUCUUCACAUCGAAGGAAGAAAACUCUCCCUUGAAGGUCAUAGACUUUGGCUUGUCUGACUUCGUAAAGCCAGAUGAAAGACUUAAUGACAUUGUUGGAAGCGCGUAUUAUGUUGCUCCUGAGGUGCUUCAUCGAUCUUAUGGCACUGAGGGAGAUAUGUGGAGCAUUGGAGUAAUUGCCUACAUUUUGCUGUGUGGGAGCCGACCUUUCUGGGCGCGCACAGAAUCAGGAAUAUUCCGAGCUGUCCUGAAGGCAGAGCCAAGUUUUGAUGAGGCCCCAUGGCCUACUCUCAGUUCUGAAGCUAAAGACUUUGUCAAAAGGCUGCUUAAUAAGGAUUACCGCAAGAGGAUGACUGCUGCACAAGCUCUCAGUCAUCCAUGGAUCCGUGAUGCUCAGCAAGUGAAGAUUCCAUUAGAUAUGAUAAUCUACAAGCUUAUCAGAGCCUAUAUCAGUUCAUCUUCAUUGCGGAAGUCUGCUUUGAGGGCCCUAGCUAAGACAUUGACAGCAAACCAACUCUUCUACCUAAAAGAGCAGUUUGAAUUGUUGGGUCCAAACAAGGGUGGCUAUAUCUCCUUGCAAAAUUUGAAAUCGGCCUUGGUGAAAAAUUCUACGGACGCGAUGAAGGACUCUAGGGUUAUUGAAUUUGUCAACACGGUAUGCACCCUUCAGUACAGAAAAUUAGAUUUCGAAGAGUUCGCUGCUUCUGCCAUCAGCGUGUAUCAGAUGGAAGCUCUGGAGACCUGGGAACAGCAUGCGCGCCGUGCGUACGAGCUAUUCGAUAAGGAGGGUAACCGGCCUAUCGUCAUCGAAGAACUCGCAUCGGAACUUGGCCUCGGCCCAUCUGUCCCUCUCCAUGUUGUUCUCCAAGACUGGAUCAGGCACGCCGACGGGAAGCUCAGCUUCCUCGGAUUCAUAAAGCUCUUGCACGGAGUUUCCUCCCGAUCGAUCCCAAAAGCAUAAGAUAAAAAAAACUAUUAUUGCGUCAACCAAAGAGAGCUGACUGAUGGCUAAGCCACCACCAAUCUCUUGCUGAUGUUUGUGUGUGUGUGACUGGUUGAGGUGGCUAGAGGAGGAUGGCUCGGAACUGAAAUGGAGAAAAAGUUAGCAAACAGUCUCGUGUAAGAGGUCAAAAAGAGAGAAAAAAAAGUUGCUUAUUAUGCCUAGUAGCUACUAGUACUGCUUGUACCCCCUCCCCCCUGCCACGUGGAUUGGUGAUGAUGUUGUACUAAGCUGUGUAGACGAAUGUAUGUACAGAUGAGGAUAGGAAAAAAAGGAAUAUGAAUUGAAAGCGCUGUU